GCCCGUUGCCCUUGGGGUGGCCGCUGUGCGGGGCCUGGCGUGGUGAGGAGUGUUUGUGAGUCCCGGUAGGUUCCGGGAUAGCGUUUUGUGUGCCUGGCGCGCUGGCAGCCGCCUUCCCGACGCAGCCAUGGUGAAUUUUGCCCAAGCUGUGCGUGACCACUGGGUUCACAUCCUCGUUCCCUUGGGAUUCGUGGUUGGAUGCUAUCUGGACAGAUGGAACGAUGAGAAGCUGUCAGCUUUCCGAAACAAGAGCGUAUUGUACAAGAGAGAGCUGAAGCCCAGUGAGGAAACGACGUGGAAAUAAAGGCUGUUGGUGAAUGGGGAAUAUUUUUGCUUGGUUCAUCACCUCAUCUCAUGCUUUGAAAGAACAUGGUUGUGUUUUUAUCUUGAGACCAUACCAAGCUACAGAGAAGAACACCUACAACUUGUCACUGCUACUUUAAUUUCCAUUGUUCGUUUUUGGAAGGUGAUUUAGUUAUAUAGCUAAUUUGUAUCUUGGAAGCCGACAAAUGUGGAGAAAUAUCUGCCCCCAAAAGUACCACUCUGGAGUUGGGGGAGAAAAGACUUAAUGUAAUAAAGAAAAAACUAUGCAAAAAUAA